UGUUGACUUCACAAUGAUUGUAUUUUAACUUUGUUAAAAACAUUGUUCAGAUGAUUUAAUAUGGUCUUGUUUGGAACAUGAAUAUUUGGUCAAACAAGAUCAACAAUUGUGAUUCGACUUAGCUUUAAUUAUAAAAGUAGUACUGGGUAUUGCUGAAAAUCAACAAAAAGUUUAAUUUAUUGAUAUUCAAAAUUGAUAUUAUUAACUUUGUUUGUAGGUGUAUUACGCUAUUUUUUAAGAUAAACGGAACUAUUUCAAACCCUGCAAGUUAUCGUGUUAUCUUCCUCCUACUCCAUGUUGACUCCGUCUUCUUCAUCAUCUUCUUCCAUUUAUCCAUGGAAAUACGACGUUUUCUUGAGUUUUAGUGGUAAAGAUACCCGAAAGAGCUUCACGGAUCAUCUAUAUGAUGCUUUAAAACAGUCCGGAAUCAACACUUUCAGGGAUGAUAACGACCUUGAAAGAGGCGAGGACAUCGCACCGGAGCUCUUGAAAGCAAUUGGAGAAUCAUGGGGUUCAAUAAUCGUUUUUUCGAAAGGAUAUGCUUUUUCAAGUUGGUGUUUAGAUGAGCUUGCCGAGAUUGUGAAACAGAGGAAGGAAAGGGGACAUCAAGUUUUUCCAAUUUUCUAUGAUGUUGAAGUCUCGGAUCUAAGAUAUCAAAGAGAGAGGGUUCAAGAAGCCUUUGACAUGCAUGAAGAGAGAUGUAAGGAGAAUAAAGAGAAGUCGCAAAGGUGGCGAGAUGCUUUAUCCCAAGUGGCUAAUAUCAGUGGAUGGCCUUUGAAAGAUCAGUAUGAAUCGAACUUCAUCAAAAAUAUUGUUCAAAAGAUAUCAACAAAAUUAGAUGUCCAAAAAUCUGUACUUGAUCAGAAUUUAACUAUUCUGAAGAGAAAAUUGGAGGAACUAAAUGGCCUGAAGGAGGACAAUGAAUCAAUAAAGAGUGGACAGCUGCAACCAAGAAAGAAACUCAAGAAAGAAGUUGAGAUUUGGUUUCGAAAUGUUGAGAGGAUUAAUGGUGAAAUACUGAAUCUUGAAAACGAAGUUAGGGGAAGCAAUAUUGUCUCACGUGGAUUCCUUGGAGAAACCGUUUCAAAAAAGAUACAAGAAGUUGAAGAACUUCAUCAAAAAGGGAAGAACUUUGAUGCUUUGGUGAUUGACGAGCCUCAGUGGAUUGGACAAGUUUUGUCAACAACAAACUUAAUUGGUGAAGCUGCUAAAAAAGUUAUGAGUGAAAUUUGGGCAUAUUUGAUGGAUGAUGGUGUUUCAAAGAUUGGAGUUUGGGGAAUGGGAGGAUCGGGUAAAACAACUAUCAUGAAGCUCAUCAACAACCAACUUUUGAAAGAGACUGAAAAGUUCAACAUCGUGAUAUGGGUCACCAUAUCAAAGGAGUUGAACAUCUCUAAAGUACAAGACAGCAUAGCGGAUGCUAUGAAAGUAGCCGUUCCUAAAGAUGAAGCAAGAACAGCAGGGUUCAUAUUCGAAAGGUUGUCUCAAAAAGGCAAGUAUGUGUUAAUCUUGGAUGACCUAUGGGACAAACUUUCUCUUGAAGAAGUAGGCAUCCCUGAGCCUUCUAAUGGGAGUAAACUAGUGGUAACAACCCGGUCAUCAGAUGUGUGGCGCUGUUUGGGUUGUCGAGAAGUUCAAAUGCGUACUCUUUCAAAACCAGAUGCAUGGAGCCUAUUCUCACAAAAAGUAGGUCAAGAUGUUUUGAAUGACCCACAUCUCUUGCCCACUGUGAAAUCCGUUGCUGAAGAAUGCGCUGGUUUGCCCUUGGCUAUUGUUACAAUAGCAAGCAGCAUGAAGGGUGUACGGGACAUUCAUGAGUGGAGGAAUGCACUCCAUGAAUUAAAUAGACCUGAAGAAAGUGUGAGUGAGAUGGAAGGGAAGGUGUUUCAACAGCUUCAGUUCAGCUAUGAUCGUUUACACGAUGAAAAAUUGAAGCAUUGUUUCCUCUGUUGUGCAUUAUAUCCUGAAGAUAGGGAAAUACAAACACAUGAGCUAAUAAAACUUUGGGUUGCAGAGGGGCUUGUGGAAGAAAUGGACAGCAUGCAAAAAGAGGCUGACAAGGGGCAUGCCAUAUUGAAUAAACUAAAAAACAGUUGCUUGAUUGAAAACGGUACCAGAUAUCCGGAUCGUUUUGUGAAAAUGCAUGACAUUUUGAGGGAUAUGGCAUUACGUAUCACAAGUACAAGACCACGGUUCUUGGUGAGAGCUGGAUUGCAGUUGAAAGAGAUACCAAAGGUGCAAGAAUGGAAAGAAGAUUUGGAGAAGGUAUCUUUGAUGCUGAAUUAUGAAUUACAAAUUCCAUCCCAAAUGCCACCACCAAGGUGUCAAAAGCUCACAACCUUAUUGUUGUCCUAUUGCGGUAUGAAGAGUAUUCCAGAGUGUUUCUUUGAGCAAAUGCAUGGACUCAAGAUUCUUGAUCUUUCUGAGAAUUAUAUUAAGAGUUUGCCAAAUUCCGUCUCCAAUUUGGAAAAUCUCACUACAUUGUUGCUUGGUGGCUGUAGAUAUUUAGAGAAGGUGCCAUCUUUUUCAAAACUUCAAUCUUUAAAGAAGUUGGACCUUAGAGAUACAAAAAUCAAGGCUCUCCCUCAUGGGUUGGAAAGGCUGGUAAAUCUCAAAUAUUUUGAUUUCAGUGGUACGAGCAUAACAGACGUGACAGAGAUGGCCGGUGGAAUCUUGCCAAAUUUCACAUCACUUCAGCACUUAGCAAUACAGAAUUUUAACGAAGCAGCUGACAGAUUCUUCGGAAUAGGAGAAGUUAAAGGAGAGAAAAUAGGUGGAUUAAGGAAGUUGGAAUACUUUGAAGGGGGAUUUUUUGACUUGAAUGAGUGGAACAAUUAUAUCAAAGCUUUGCAUGCUCCAACAGAAGGGCCUCGUCAAUACUACAUUUUUGUGGGUGCAGCAACAUUUGUUCCCUUUCAAUCGGAGUUGAAAAAAGUAAUUCAAUUACGUCGUCGUAACAUCUGCACAGAUGGUUUUAAGGUCCUACCUGAUGUUGAGGGCUUGGAAAUUGAGAAGUGCAUUGUCGAUUUGUGUGAAGAAGAGGCAUUUUCCUCGCGGUUUAUCUUACCGCCACAUAAUGUUUUUUCCUCUCUUUCUGAUCUUUACAUAAGUGAGUGUAAAAAUAUAAAGAAGUUGUUCUCGUCCAAUUGGGUCUUGCAGAACCUCCAAAAUUUGAAAUGCUUAUCUGUUCAGCAUUGCAAGGAUAUGGAAGAAAUAAUAGCACCAGAAUCAGAAUCGGAGGAAGAAGUAAUAAGUGCCAUCAAUUUUACUCUUCCCAAAUUAAGCUCAUUGAUUUUGGGUAAUCUACCAGAAUCGAAGAGCAUUUGUAGUGCAAAUGGAGUAAUGGUUUGUGAUUCUAUUGAGGAGAUUAUUAUAAGCCAUUGUCUAAAUUUGAAGAGGCUGCCUCUGUAUCUUCCCCUGCAUGACGAUGGCCAACCAUCUCCCCCUCCUUCUCUUAGAAAGAUUUCAAUUUCUCCAUCGCCGGGGCAAUUGGUUGAGUGGGACCAGCCAAAUGCCGAGUCUUUGUUGAAGCCUUACUUUAAGUGGUGGCAGUUACAUGUACGUUGA